UAUUGGUGUAUUAGGUAGGAGAUAACUCCAUCGAUCUGCCAGAUGCCAAUGUGCUGAUCCAAGUGUCUUCUAUGUAUGGCUCGCGUCGCCAAGAGGCGCAACGUCUGGGCCGCAUUCUCAGAGCCAAAAAGGGUCAGCCCAAACCAGGACCAGAGGACUACAACGCUCACUUCUACUCUCUGGUUUCGAAGGACACAGCUGAGAUGUAUUUCUCCACCAAACGACAGCAGUUUUUGGUGGACCAAGGGUACGCCUUCGAGGUAAUCGACAAGGUUCCAGGUAUGGACAAGUACGGUAUUCUCACUAAAGCGCAGGAGAAGAACUUGCUAGCGGCUGUACUGGAUGCGAUGGACAACGAAACACAAGAAGAGGAUCUCAGCGGGUUCGAUCCAGAUACCGUGGGCCGUAAGGCGGGCAGGAGGAAGGGUAAUCUGUCGGGGUUGAGCGGAGGAGAAGGCAUGGUCUACAAUGAGUACAAAAGUAAACAGCCGAAGGCUCGGCACGCUCUGUUCAAGCACAGAGACAAGCGGUGAGAAGCACAGAGACAAGCGAUGAGGACGUGCUCGAUACUGACUACGCCACACUCGAUCAUCACUUGAUCUCUGGUUGCUCAUGUAAUCCCCGCGUAUUAUGAACCGCACGAUAGCUACAUGUACGUGGCAUUUGGUGAAAAGUGUACCGUUUCUACCAAUGACCACAAAGGAUGGGUCAGCGAUCGGUGACAGCUCACUUAAGGCUUUAUGUGAUGACCGCAUGACAAGUGAUGCACGAGCGCAAAGUGUGGAUAGCCUUGUAACGACGCACCUGUGGCCGAAAAAGUAUCGUCGUAUUGAACCAUUGACACUCAAUCCGCUGAGCGAUACUGUACAUGUGCCCGUGUGUAUAUGAAUGUUUACUCACUACCCCUGCACCUACAGUCACCCCAAAUUUUUAUAGCUUUCAUCCUAGAUCAGCUCUAGAUGCAUGCCAACGUAGCCAAAUUUCAAAAGCCGUUCGUGUUUGGAUUCCAAGAUCGUCGGUGAAUCGUACUCGCAACUUUGUAAAUGUUAAAGAGUUCGCACCGAUCAUCUUCAUAUUACUAUCUGUAGAGGUGCCAGUUGUAACAUCAGACAGCAACCAACUGCAUACACCUCUAAAAGCUCGUCUUUUUUACAGAGCUUAUAGCACAAACCGUUAGUUAUGAGUAGUUCAUAAUUAUCCGCCGAUUCGUAGAGAACAUCGAGUAGCGAGUAAUCGCUGCACUAACUCGUGCCGCACUAUUCGAGAUUCAAAUUCCGAGCACAGUUUGACUGAAUUACAUGUACGAUUCAACUCGGAUCCAAAAAACACACUGUUCCUUUAUUCAUGCUGAGAGCCCCAUGGAUGUCUGCAGGGAGAUAUUGUGGACUUGAAGAGAAAUUACAAUGUAUUUGUGAGGGCUUGUUAUUACUAGCAAAGGGAUCAAUAAACAUCAUGCACGACAC